AUCGUCCGCAGCAUACAACAAAGAGCUACCGAGCUUUGCCAUAAGCAGCAACCAAUUGGCUCACAGCAUUUGCAGAUCUAAGCAGAUGAGACACAUUCGCCACAUUCAGUUUGUCAGAAGGAUACACAACAUCGCUAAAGAUAUAUCUCACUCAGCAGCAAAGGGAUAAGAACAAAUCCCUGGAGGAAGUCUGCGGCUUUGAGUCCUUCCAAUAGCGCCAAAGCUUCAGCCAUGAGAGGGGUUAGCUGCUUUGCCAGGACCACCUCCAAUCCAAAGAGGAGUGUUUGCAGAAUUUUGAAUGUAAAAUCCGACACCUGCAGGUAGGUCAGCAGAGACAAAUGAGCCAUCAAAUGUUAGAAAAUGGCCAAAACUUUUCCUGUAGAUCCCCUGGCUCUCCUCAUAUGAUCUCAACAGAGACAAAUGAGCCAUUAACAGUGGACAGGGUCUUUCUCUAGAGUGAGGAAACAUUGGCAGAACUGUUGCGAUACUUGGCGUCGAUUGUUCCACAAGAACAAAAAAGAAGUUGAAAUAAUACAGAGGAGACUGUCGCAGGAGGAGUUGUCCAGUGAGGAACCCUCCUCAAUCCUGGUUCCUUGAGACCAUGAAGAAAAGAAACGGAAACUGAGGUGAAGAUGCUGCUGAGAUCAUGAACGAACCCUCCUAACCCAACCCAAAUUAAGGUUGGAUUUGCGUUUGAUUCAGAUUCUCUUCAAUUCUUCACGGGACCAAUUCCAAGUAACCCAAGCCAUCGAUCGUGGAUUGGGCCGGACGGGUUCGGAUGGAACCCAAGCCGAGCCAAGUCAACCCAAUCCAACCCAAGUUGCAUCGAUCGUGGCCGUCUUAUCUUUUAAGGCCCGCGCACGUCAUGAUUUAAUUAGCGGGUACGCCGCGGAGCCAGGUUUUGGGGAAAAACCAGUGGAAAGAACAAGUAAGCGAGCCAGCCCCGCUCUGCCUCCCUCACGCUACGUGGUGCCUUCUUGUGGCAAAGCUCCCGCCGUCCCUCCCCCCCCCGCUGCUGCCCAACUCUACUCGCCGCCUUCUCCCUCACUGUCUUUCUUUUUGAUCUCUCCUAAGGAACGCAUCCCUUCGCCCUUUUCCCUUCUCACCAUGUGCGUCUUCUGUACGUUGAACCCGUUCUUGAUCGGCUGAUGCGGUCGAGUCAGGUUCAAGAAACGAGGAUUCGCCCAUGGCGGACUUCCUCCCUCGCUUGAUCUUUGUCGUCUGUGUCGAAUAUGCCGCAUUGAUCGGCUGAUGAGAUCGAGUCGGGUUCAAGAAACGAGGUUUCGCCCAUGAGGAAUGCUUUCCGCGGACUGCUCUUCCAUCAGCGCCGCCGGGGUCUACUCUCCUCUCCGUGUAUCGCCCCGUUGGGCGAUUUCUUGAUUCCUCCUCGACAGGUAGAGGAGUGCUUGCUGAUGAGACCCGCAGCUGGCAUCCGGAUCAGAAGCCCACACUGGGUCGUGCCAUUCCAUUUCGCUCUAAUUCGGCAGUUGUCGACUGGCUAUACGAGUGUCCAUGGCGAGAGGCCGUCUGCGGAGUAUGCGAAGCUGCGGAAGGAGUCGCUGGAGACCGAGUUCGGGCACAUCCUCGGAGCCCAUGGGUCGAAAACAUGGUUUGCUUACCAUCGUUUUGGUCCGUUCUUGGCGUUGUACCGAGCGGCCAUCAUAUCCUUCUACCUGGCGAAACUGACCGUAUGGCAUUUCUUUGUCCGCGACAUACAUAAGCGAGCUGCCAAGUUUCGGAAGACUCUUAUUCGGUUGGGUCCCUUCUAUAUCAAGCUUGGACAAGCGCUUAGCACAAGGCCUGAUAUUUUACCCAGUGCUUAUUGUCAAGAGCUCUCUAAAUUACAGGAUCAAAUACCUCCGUUUUCUACUCGUGUUGCAAUCAAGUCUAUCGAGUCCCAGUUGGGUCUUCCAAUUUGUCAGAUCUUUGCUGAUAUAAGUUCAGAACCCAUUGCAGCAGCCUCCCUAGGACAAGUUUAUAAAGCUCAUCUACAUUCUGGGGAGCUUGUGGCUGUCAAGGUGCAGAGACCUGGUAUGGGACUCUUUCUGACUCUUGAUGCACUAUUGUUUCAUAUGAUUGGAGGGCAACUGAAACGAUUUGCUAAAGCUCGCAAAGAUCUGUUGGUAGCUGUUAAUGAGCUGGUGAGGCACAUGUUUGAUGAAAUUGAUUACAUCCUGGAAGCACAACAUGCUGAAAAAUUUGCUUCUCUUUAUGCAUCUAUCCCGAGAUCAGGAUCUUGUGUCAAGGUUCCAAAGAUCUACUGGAAUUUCACACGGAAAGCUGUGCUUACAAUGGAAUGGAUUGAUGGUAUCAAACUAACAGAUGCCCGUCGAAUAAGUGAAGCUAGUUUGAACAAAAAACAAUUAAUCGAUCAGGGACUUUAUUGUUCUUUAAGGCAACUACUUGAAGAAGGCUUCUUUCAUGCUGACCCACAUCCUGGAAAUCUUGUGGCUACUGAUGAUGGAUCUCUAGCAUAUUUUGACUUUGGUAUGAUGGGUGAUAUACCCUGGCAUUAUCGUGUCGGGCUUAUUCGAAUGCUUGUACACUAUGUUAAUCGUGACUCGUCAGGCUUAGCGAAUGAUUUCCUUUCGCUUGGAUUCAUUCCUGAUGGAACAGAUAUACAGUUGGUUGCAGAUGCAUUACAUGCAUCCUUCGGUGACGGUUCCAGGCAAUCAAAUGAUUUUCAGGGGAUAAUGGAUCAAUUAUAUGCUGUAAUGUAUGAGUUCAACUUCUAUCUACCACCUGACUAUGCAUUGGUUAUAAGGGCAUUGGGAUCGUUGGAAGGAACUGCAAAAGCAUUGGAUCCUGAUUUCAAAGUUGUAGAAAGUGCUUAUCCUUUUGUCAUCGGGAGACUUCUUGCAGACCCGAAUCCCGAUAUGAGGAAAAUACUAAGGGAACUGAUUAUACGUAGCAAUGGUUCAAUACGCUGGAAUCGGCUUGAACGUUUGAUAGCGGCUAUCUCUGAACAGUCAUCUGAGUCAGCAAAUGAAACUCCUCUGACAUGGAAAACUUUUGACAUGCGUUCGGUUGUUGCUGCUACAGAAGAUUUGUUUUGUUUUAUUUUGUCAGAAAAAGGUUGGAGGGUUCGUGUUUUUCUCAUUCAAGAUAUUGUCAAAGCUGCUGAUGCUUUUCUGGAAGAAGAAGCUUUGCCAUGUAUAUGUAACAAGCCAGAGGCAAAAGAAAGAUUUGAUACGGAGCAGAGUGAUGCUCUAGUCAUGAGAUUGAUCAGUGGGUUCCGGUCAUUACAACAAGCUAUUAGUUUUGCACCGGAGGUAUGGACUGCAAUGUUUCUUCGAACACUAUUGAAGUCUGAUACCCAUAGAUUUCUUCUUGAUAUAUUUUUAUCACUGGCAGUUUAUUCUCGCAACAAGAUGCCAGAAACAUUCUUUCUUUGUAUAUCUAGGCUUCUUCAUUUGUUGGAGAAGGGAUAUGAUUUUCAAGAAGAUACAUAAGUUAUUUUAAUCAUUCAAUUUUUAGUGGAUUAACACAGAAGAAAAGGCUCACACUAACAACAUCAGUAAAAGUGUUACACAGAAGAAACCUUUAGUCACCAUCAUAUCUUGAUGACUUUUGUUAACACCAAGCACACGGGGCUUGUGCCAUUGACUGAUUUGAGAAGGACCGUCAUAACUUUUACUCUGCAAGAAAGAGGUAUUUCUUUGUUAUUGCUGUGUAGUGGUAACGUUAAUUUAUUGUGGAGAAAAUAUUUGGUAAUCUUCCAAUUUGCAAGUACUGCUUGAUUCUAGAAGAUAACUGCCAUCUGCUUGAGUUCACCUGCAGAUAGUUAUUUAGAUGCUAGUACACAUGCAGAAAGGGACCUUUUAUCACAAAAUUUUGGAUUUCAAGUAGAUGGUUGUCAUGCCAUAUAAAAUUAUUUUACCUUCUGUGGCAAAUUUUCUUUUUCUGAAAGAAAAAAGAUGAUCGGCUGGAUUGGUGUAAUAUGUUGGAUUGGUGUUAGCAUGACAUGGCAAGCGAACAGUAUAUUUUA